AUGGGUGAGAGGAGAGACGAGGCUCAGCUUUGGACCUCGCAAUGUAUGGAGAAAGCUUGUCGUUUCAAUGUGCAUUACUCCCAUACAAAUGUUUAUGAAGUGAGAUCAAAGUAUUCUUAUGUUGUGGACCUUGGAACUCUUUCUUGCUCGUGUAAAAAAUGGGAGAUUAACUGCUUCCCUUGCUGCCAUGGUCUUGCUGCAAUUCAAGCUACCUCAUUGGAUGUUUAUGCUUUUAUAGAUAAGCAUUUUCAUGUUGAUUAUUGCCAGAAGUGCUAUGAUUUUCCAAUUUAUCCAAUUUCCAAUGUUGAUAUGGCUUCUUCGGAAUCUGCUAGCAGUGGCUUUAUACUUCCUCCAAAUCCAAAGAGGCCUCCUGGGAGGCCUAGGCUCAAAAGGUUCAAGUCUAGAGGAAAGUGUGAAAAGAAUCUCAUUCGUUACAGCCGAUGUGGCAAAAUGGGAUAG